CAUAGUUUAAUUCGAAUAAGAUGCUAUCUUCAUUGUCGCGCCUUUACCACAUACGGCCGUGAAAGAAACAUCGCGCGUACAUACUCACGUGUCCUCGGUUAGCUCGAACUUACAUAUAUAAACGAUACGUGCACUCUGUUCGAUGACUAAAAGAGAAUCGGAUGCAGUUAUAGCGCUUCACUGGGUUUACUUUGUUUCGUCGUUCAACAGUAUUUAUCUGAACGUCAAAGUGCAACGUACUAUAGCAACGAACGAAAUGAAUAUUUCUAAGGCUAAUUUGAUCGAUCAGUUAAAACACACAGGGAAACUCUGGUAUCUUGUUAACCCCUAUGAGACAAUUUUCGAAUUCCCACACGAAGUUCCCGAUUAUCAGCAGCAGGUAUGGUUACCAUUUUUGGUCCUUAUCGUAUUUGAGCAUAUUAUACUGGCCUUUAAGAAGAAAAGAUUCCGCUUGAACGAUCAAGUGACUUCCUUGUCUCAAUGGAUAUUGCAAGAAACUAGCCGUACUCUCUUCCGUGGUGCCGAAUAUUACGCGUACAUCGUAAUUUACGAGAGAUGUCGCUGGUGGAAUCUGCCUUGGAACUCUCUAUGGACUUGGUGUAUCACUGCCGUGGGGGUGGAUUUCUGUUACUAUUGGGUUCACCGCAGUAACCACGAGAUACACUUUUUAUGGGCUCAGCAUCAAGUACAUCAUAGCAGCGAAGAAUUCAAUCUCGCGGUUGGUCUGCGGCAAUCCAUCUUGCAACACUGGUGUAAUUUCAUGUUAUAUUUACCUCUUGCAUUAUUUAUACCGCCAUCGCAUUUCAUCGUACAUAAUCAGUUUAAUUUAAUUUAUCAAUUAUGGAUUCAUACGACUGUCAUCGAUGAUCUUGGACCGUUCGAGCUAAUAUUCAACACACCAAAACAUCAUCGUGUACAUCAUGGUUGCAACUUAUAUUGCCUGGACAAAAAUUACGGUGGCGUUCUCAUUAUAUGGGAUAAAUUAUUUGGAACAUUCAUGCGAGAAAAAGAAAAGGAAGAGAUAAUUUAUGGCUUAGUUGUUAGCGCUCGAUCUUUUAAUCCCCUGUAUUUACAGACAUUUUACACCGCAGAAUUAAUUAAAAAGGUUAUACGGAUGUCAACUUUUAUGGACAAGUUAGGUGUUAUCUGGAAAGGUCCUAGUUGGUUUCCAGGUAUUCCUCGCUUAGGUCUGGAUAAAUAUAAAAUUAACGUUACAUCUAGGAUUAAAUAUGAUAAUUAUAUACCGCAGUGGCAAAACAUUUACGUAAUUAUACACUUUUGCCUAGUUGUUUAUCAUCAUCUUCAAAUAUACGAGGAAACACAGGAUUUAAGGACCACGUCGUCGGGAUUUAUCGUUAUUAAUAAUUUGCUUGCUCUUACCACUAUUGGUUUACUAUUUGAUAAAUCAAAAUAUGCUGGAAUUUUGGAAUUCAUUCGAUGCCUUAUUUAUUUAAGUUUCUCUAGAAUAUAUUCUUCAAUAAAUUUAUAUAUCUAUUAUGUAUAUGUAACUUCGUUUUGUAUUUGGAUUUUACAUUUUCUCCAUGCAGUAAAAUCAAAUUUUAUAAAUGUGAGAAGAUAUAGGAAUUAAAAUAAUGUUACGGAGCAUAAUGAAAAUAUUUACACAUGAAUUGCCUAUUUACAUUAUAUAUGAUUAUUUUAUCACAUUGAUAUUUAUGUGAUAAAUAAUACAUUAUUCGAUAUCAUUGUUGUACACAUUUCACAGACAAUAAAUAUCGUGGAAUAUA